AUGUUCACCUCAUCCUGGCCUCUGGGCUCAUCUCGCCUUUGGGGAGAUCUGAAGUUCACAGAAAGCAGCAAUCAAAAUGGACAAAUCCUCAGCCUUCUGAAGGGGACUGGUGGGCUCUAUAAUGAGGAGGCCAGGAGAAUAUCCGACAAUCUGCCUUUGUCUUUCUCCAUGAGUAUUUCUGAUCGCAUUCUGAUGGGAGAGUGUGGAGAUGAAGCAAGACUCAUUUGGAGUAACAAGCUGCAACGGAACUUAACCUACACAUCCAACAUCCUGGUUCCUGCUUCUUACCUGGACAUUGUUAACAGUCCUCUCUCAACUGUCUUUAGUAAUAUCAGGACAAGAAAACUGCUCUCUCUGGUAACCAAAGGAUACCUGAAGAAUAAAUCCAGUGGUAAGAAUAUCCCUAUGGCAAAUGAAGGCUCAGUGUAUCCAGAUGAAGGGCCCCUGCUGCCCACCUGGAUUUUGACAUGCUUUGAGCUUACUACCAUUGCCACUGAGGUUGAUGGGACCCAGAUUCGCCUACCUGAAGCCAGGCAGCUGCUCCACUGUGCAGCUAUUCAGCUGAGGCACCGUUCCGAAGGAGAAGGUUGCGGGUACUUGCUUCAAGAUUCUCUGAGAACAGUGGGGUCCAGACAGACCCUGCUGGGAUGCAGGGUCCUGCUUUCUCGCCAGGAGGUGCAUUUUAGUGUUCCUUUGGCAGGGGGGAGGGUCUUACAACAAUGCAAGAAUCGUCAAGUUGUCAAGACUGCACUGGUUCCACCAGUAAACCCUUGUUCCCGCCCUCUGGGUAACUGGACCUACUUGGGAAAUGCUCACCUUAGAAACCAUCGCUUAAUCAGAGGCGUGGCCCUCAGUUCCCGUGAUAGAGGAUUGGCUGUUGAGGGUGCCCUAGAGGACAUGAGUGGGAUGGAGAUCACUGCCAUGAAAAAGCAGCUUCAUAAGAUCUCUGGGAGACUGCAGGCCCUGGAGGCAAAGUGUACCGGUUGGCGGCAGAAGGAGUUCAUUCUCUAUUCUGCCCUGCUCUCAGCCUGUGUUAUUAACACAUGGCUCUGGAUGAGAAGAUAAAGCAGUUGGCCCCUCAGAAUGCCUAGAGGGCAUGAAUGGUGGAAGACUAUUGGGGAAACGUUCUUGUAAACUGUAUUAGCAAACAUAGAUUGAUCCUUUGACCUCUAGAAGUUCCAUGGAAAAAGCUACCUUUAAAAUAAUUUCAAGA